ACAACAAACUUUUCAGAAACAUGUAACUUGUUGUUCCGUGCUGCUUCGUGACUCUUUUGAUUUAGGUCUCGUGAUUUACAGUCAUGCUAAUCGGCUAACUCGUAGCCUCUGAUAUCAAACUUCUAACAAGCGGUGCAGGAUGGUUCCUGUGGUUUCUGAAACCUGCACUCAUGUUCUGGCUGAGUUUGACUGUCUGGACCCGCUUCUCUCUGCCCUGCGCCUGGACUCCGGCCGAAUAAAAUGCACGUGUCUGUCCGUGUCCAGAAAGUGGCUGGCCCUGGGCACGUCUGCCGGUGGAGUACACCUCAUUCAGAGAGAGGGUUGGAAGCAGAGACUCAUUCUCACACAUAAAGAAGGUUCGAUCACGCAGGUCGCAUGCUGCCCCCAUGAUGAAGACUUUAUCGCCGUGGCAACAAGUCAGGGUCUGGUAGUGGUUUGGGAGCUGCAGUUGGAGCGUCGUGGUCGUCCAGAACGUACAGGUGUGUCAUGGGAACAUCGCGGGCAGACAGUAACAUCUCUGUGCUGGGACACCACGGCCCUACGAGUGUUUGCUGGAGACGUCGGAGGGAAAGUGUCCUGCGUCCGCUCUGGGUCCUCCAAACAUGGGAAGGGCUCGGCAUUUGUCAUCUUCCCUGUUCAGACCAUCAUCACGGUGGACUCGCGUGUCGUACAGCUGGGAUACGCGGACGGUCACCUGGUGGUCUCGUCUCUCACUCGCUGCUACCUGUGUGAUACUGAAAGGGAGAAGUUCUGGCGUGUGGGUAAUAAGGAGCGUGAUGGAGAGUUUGGGGUGUGUUUUUUCAUGCAUGGUCAACGGGGUCAGGUGGGCGCUCCUCCUCCGCUGCUGUACUGUGCCCGGCCGGGCUCUCGUGUGUGGGAGGCCAGUUUCAGCGGAGAGGUUUUGAGUACACACCAGUUCAAACAGCUCCUAUCCUGUCCACCACUUCCACUCAUCUCUUACAAAAAUGAGCCACAUUUCAACCCUGUGCAGACUCCACAGUCUCUGGCUUUCCCAAAACUCCUUCAAUUUGGUGAUCAACACCUUCUCACCUGGACAGAUUCGGCUAUCUACAUCUUUGCCCCUCACAGUGGGCAGGUCCUGCUGUGGACAGAGGUCAAAGAUGUAAUGGAGAUUGUGGUUUUUCGCAAUGAGCUGUUUUGUCUCCAUGGUGAUGGGCGCUUGUCUCACCUGUCGUUGGUGUCACCUGAGCGCUGUGUGGAGCGUCUGAUGAAGAGAGAGAACUGGAUGCAGGCCGCCACUGUCUGCUGCAUGUUUCAGCAUGCAGUUAUUGCAUCCAGGGCCAGGAAGUCCCUUCCCAUUGAUCGACUGGAGCAUCUAAAGGCGCAGCUAAACUCCACCUCCCAGCAACAGCUGAUUGGUCAGCUUGAGGAAGUGAUCGGCAGGUUAGAGCCGCUGGACUCCGCCUGCAGCAGUCGGAGGAGCAGCAUCUCGUCACAUGAAAGCUUUAAUGUUUUAGACUGUGGCAUCUACCGCGUCAUCAGUCGAAGAGGCAGCCAAUCGGAUGAGGAUACCAACUCUAUCGCCACCCAAACGACGCUUGAGGAGGAGCGACUGAAGGAGUUUAGUUUCACAGACGAGCAGACGGAAAAUGACUCUCAGUCUGUGCGAGGAGAGAGCGACAGGUCUGACCUCGGUCUGCAGUUCCUACCGUUGUCUUUCCGGCCUAAACCGCCACGAGCUCUGCAGGCCGUUCGAGACAGUGUUUCUAGCUUUGUGAAAAAGACCACAGAGAAGAUCAACACCCUCCAGAUGAACAGCGACCUUUGGGCUCGGCCUGACCUCAGGGAGGGCUUUCAAGAAGAGUUGACCCCUCCGCCAGAUGAUGUUGACCAUGAGGUGAGCGAUGAGCAGAUAAGCUCAGAGUCUGAACUUCAUGAGUUGAGAGCAGCCACACAGAGAGCCAUAUCCCAAAUCCAGGACCCUAUGGUUUUACUCAACCCGGUCUGUCUUGGUGAGGAACUCCAACAGUGGGCUUUGGUUCUGGAGAAGGUCCUCGGCCCAGAAGAUCACUAUCGACCAAGAGACAUUAAAACCGAAGAUGAAGAGAAGACUGUGGAAGAUGAAGAGGUUUUAUCUUCUGUCUCCUGUUGCAUUGUGGUACAGCCGGAGAGCUUGUUAGCUCCUGCCCCUGAUCUAGACGAACCCUCCAACCUUACUGAAGAAGAAGACCUAAAGGAGAGCAGUCCUUGUUUCACCGCCCCAGUCAGAACACCAUUUCCACCUCUCUCCAACUCUGUUGAACUAAUACAGCUGUUCUCCCCCAAACCUCUGCCCCCUGACCUCCACGCUGACCUCUCGGAGUUGGCCUGUCUGUACCUGGAGUUGGGAUGCCCUGGUGAAGGGAGCGAUUCGAGAUGGGAAAAAGAUGGAGAGGUGGAAAACGUGUGCGUUUUUCUACGGAGGUACUUCUUCCUGUUGGACCAGGAGAGAGUCAGGAGGAUGUGUGCACUGAGAUACAGCGAGCAGCCUGACGUGCGGAAGUCGUAUAUCGCUGGCAUGCUUGAGUUUACUCAGGCCAGUAAGGUGGUGGAAGUGAUCCAGAAGGGCGAUCUUCUGAAAUCCCUGCGUAGUUUGCGUGAACUUCAGCCGUGGAAUGCUCCUUUGCUCCUCGCACACCUGUACAGACUCUACGAGAAACACGGAGAGGUGGCUGUUCGCGCUUACCCACAGUUUUACCCCACAAUUCUUCCCUCGGACAUCAUGGCCAUGGCUUUGCCCAACCACUUCCUGCCUUAUCUGGACAAUCUCGUCCAAUCGCGAUCUGAGCACCAGAGGUUGUCCUUCCUUGGGUCUCUUCUUCAACCAGAAACUCUGCGACAGGAUUGGCUGGAACUGGGGCUUUCCCAUGAUGCACCACAAAGGGUUGACACACUUACACCAGAUGGACAGCCCAGGUGGCGCUCUCAUUUCUACAGUUGGGGUUACGGACGACUGCUGUCUCUGCUGAUUCGCUUGCCUGCCGAUCUGACCUCUAAACAGAAGAUGCUGGAGACGUGUAGAUCUCAUGGGUACUGGAUGGGUUAUCUGUACCUGUGCAAAGAACUAAAGCAGCGAGUUGAAGCGUUCGGUGCCAUCUGUAGACUGGAUGACAUGGCGCUGUUGGAAGAAAGUGAUGGUAUCGUUCCUCAGUCUUUUGAUGAAUGGGUGUUGCUGCUCCAGCUGUCUCAAAAAAUCACAAACAGCGAAGCCUCGCCCACCUCAACUUUGCCACAUAGCACCAAUGGAUCCAGUUCAGGUAACGAGAGUGACGGCGGUUCGGCUGAUCCGUACAAUGGUCCGGCCGACUGGAGGAUUCAGGUCAGCCCAGAGAACAUCGCCUUGCGUCUAGUGCGAGUGUUUGGGCCGGAUAGAGCCCUUGAGACCCUGCAGGAGUGCGGCAUACAGCUGGACCUCAGUCAACGCUCCACACUGGUCUGUGAUCUGCUGCGGAUGGCUGAAAAGAGACAGAGAGCAUUGAUUCAGACCAUGUUGGAGCGCUGUGAUCGGUUUCUGUGGUCUCAGCACGCCUAAACCCACCAGAGGGUCUUCCCAAUCUCCACAUAUCCCUUGAGAACGUACCAAUGCUCUUUCUAUGGACACACUACAACCCAAUGUCUGUAAUCUGGGCCUAUUUCAACAAAGCAGGUGCUCUUAAGAUCAGAUCUGGUUUGUAACAUAAAAAAAAAAUAAUAAUCAUUCCACUUGACCUACAGAAGAUUGGACCUUUUGGCUUUCCGUAAUGUAAACUUAGAUUUGUGUGAUUUAUAAGAACUGCUGUGGCCUAAACUAAUUUUCAAUGUUUUUUUAUGUUUUCUAUUUAAAAAAGUGUGAAAAAUCAACAGUAUUAGCAAUAGGCCUUGAAUUAAAAUUGAAUGUGACAAUUUAUGUAGAAAUAAUUGCUCAGAAAUUUUGGGAUUGUUUUUCAUAUGGUUUUAGAAAUAUAUUUACCGCUACUAGGGAUGCACAGAAUGUUCGUCAACCGAAACUAUUAGACUGAAAAAUAGCAAAGUAAUACAUCUUUCUCUAACAAAAUAUUUCAAAAUGUGUGCUUUAUAUUAUAAUUUUAUUUACAUGCACGCUUCUCACUCUACGCUGAUCACUUGAUUAUAAAUU